UUCGCGUAAACUCUCGUACCGAACUUUUAACUGCGCCGUGGACAAAUCACCAUGGAAAAGAUGAUUCACCCACGCAGACGCAACAGCGUGCAUAAUGUAGCUGCCAAGUUUUUUCGUCGGUCAGUCGUGAUCGCGCAACCGUUUCGCGAACAAGUGAUCGAAAAAAUUCGUUUAGCCUCGUUUGUCCAAGUAAAUGCCAUGAUCGAGCGUAUGAAUUUAUACAAUUCCAAUUAUAAAGCUGAUAUAAAAUACACCGUACAAGUACACAAAGUAAUCAUGGGAUUUAUCGGUGUAUGGCCGAUGCUAGAGAAACAACCCCGGUGCCAGAAGAGAUUACUCGAAGGGCUUCUCAGAGCUGCCUGUUGCUUCCUGUUGUCCUUUAAUCUAAUACCGUGGGCGUUAUACAUGUUUGUAAUCGUGGACACGUUUAGUAGAAGACUCAGGAUGCUUGGCGCACUUUGUUUUUACAGUAUGGUGCCAGCCAUGUACUGCACAUUGAUGUUGCGACAAGAUCGCAUUAGAGAAUGCGUGAAACACGUGGAGGAAGACUGGCGAAAUGUCAGAAAUGUGAACGAUCGUAAGAUUAUGUUGGAUAAAGCAAGAAGCGGGCGUUUUAUUCUCAUCUGCACUAUAUUGUUCCUGUUUACCAGCGGUUUCACUUAUCGUCUCAUUCAGCCGAUUGUUCGCGGCAAAAUUGUCGUUAACGAAAACGUUACGAUCAGACCGUUGGUGCAGGGUAAUUACUAUAUCUUCUUCGAUCCACAGCACAGUCCUGCCUAUGAGAUCAUAUUCUCGUUGCAUCUAUUGACCGGUAUCGUAAUAUAUAUUGUGACGGCCAGUGUUUGCGGGGUCACCGCGUUAUUCACCAUGCACGCUUGCGGACAACUUGAAAUGCUGGUGACUUGGUUGGAAAAUUUAGCAAACGAAAAUCAUUGGUCCAAGGAAUAUUCCACUCAUGCAAGACUGGCGCUGAUCAUCGCACAUCACGUAAGGGUGCGUAGAUUUUUAAAUCAGAUACAAGAUGUUGUAGGAGAAAUGUGUUUUAUUGAAUUUAUUGGAAGCACUUUAAUAUUAUGUCUCUUAGGAUAUUAUGUAAUAACGGUAUGA